AGAUUCUUCCUCCACAGCUCAAGGGAUGCCUACGAUCCUUACCAGCAUCGAGUGAUAGAAAAUCCGUUGAGCAAUCUCGAGGUAUAUAUCAGCUUGCUGAAAGCCUCCAUAGGCAUUGGCUGCUUGGCUAUGCCCAAGGCAUUUCAAGCUGCUGGCUGGCUCAAUGGCCUAAUAAGCACCAUUGUGGUUGGUUCAAUUGUGAUAUUCGCUCUGCAUGUUUUGUUGCAUGGCAUCUACGAACUCUGUAAGAGAAAGCGUGUUCCUCAACUAAACUAUCCGGACGCGAUGGCACUCGCCUUGGAAGCAGGUCCAAAGUAUUUGCGUUUCCUAAGCUUUACUGCGCGGUUUGUAUGAAAAUUGCAUUACAUACAUACAUACAAACAUGUAAA